AAAACAGCGACUAAGGUGGGAUGAUAUUGGUUUUAAAAUUGUUUUAAGUAAACACUUAAUAUACCGGUGAUAUCUAGUAAAUUGUAUUGGUUCCUUCCAGAGAUUUCAGGAACAAUUUACACACAGUGAUGAUGCUCACAAGCCUUAGUCAGGAACUCGGUGACCGCCUACGGCCGAAUGUUUGCACGUGCUUCGUCUUGGUUGCUCUGGUGACAUUGGCGUCAGCAUAUACCCCAUUUGACAGUACGAAGGGCUCACACGAACUCGACUUUAAACUCUUCCGUAAUCUGUGGGGUGUAUACAUCCUGCCUAAACUUGAUAGGAAAUUAGAUGAUCGGCAAUCUGAAAGUGACAUGUUGCAGUCGUUUGGUAAUUUAGCAGAUCAUUCAAUUGAGCAGAGGAACGCUAAUCGACAGAAAAGAAAGAACUUCAUGGGAAUGGACAACAUGGACACAAUGUUUGCCUCUCUGAACUCUAAGCCCCGUGUCAUGUCCGUGGAUAACAGUUUCGGCAAUCUCCAGAACCUUCUACGAAAGGCCGGUCGCAGGCGACGCUAGAUGCAGACAUCAAAAACAACGACAACACUAUCAAUACAUAUUCAGAUGUGGCAAAAUAAACUUUCAGUAGCAUUUUCAUUCAUUGUACUUCCAAACAUUAUCGACAUUAAUUGCAACUCCACAUCUAUUUGUUGGAAUUACGCUAAUCGUGCGCUUAGCCCUCAAUUUGAUGUAACAAUUCAUGGACUGCUUAAAAUUUGUGGUAAAAAAAAUAUAUUAUUUACCAAAAAGUAUAUUUAGUACGAAUUUACUUAAUUGCUGACACCAUUGUUUGUACAUAUGUUUAUAUAUCAAGACCGUUGUAAACUUUGUCUUAAUAUGAUGUAUUGAAAUAAUUAAUUGUAAAGGAAAAUCAUAAAUUUAAUAAAACAAUCGAAGCAAUUCAGUGAAAACAGCAGCCGACCGACGACCGAGCAGAGCAUCUUGAAAUAGAAAACAGAGAACACAUGUAACACGAAAACAGCAAGAGAAGUGUACAGAUAGUAUGUCAUAAAAUCCGAUAUUAUUAACGUUUAAACUGCAUUUUCAUGAUCUCAACUUGUAAUGUUCAAAAAUA